ACCGCCGCUUUAAACGGUGUUGUUCCCGAGAGAAACGUCUCUUGACUGAAAGCUCAUGAUCGUGACAAGCCUAGCUUAGCAACAAAAUCAAGUGGGAAAAAUUAAAGACAUUUUCAGGUUAAUUUUUCGCUUUGACUUGCAUGCUUCUUGAUCGCGGAUAAACUAGCUAGCUAAGAAGUAGAAUUAAUCAUGUCAAAUGUUUACAAACCGCAAAAAAGUCCGCGAAACCCAAAGUGUGCCAGAUGCAGAAAUCAUGGAUUCAUUGUUCAACUCAAGGGACAUUCUGGCCAGUGUCAAUUUCUUAAAUGCAACUGUUGGAAAUGUUCUCUGAUUGCAGAGAGAACGAAAAUAAUGGCAUAUCAAAGACAUAUCAAGAAAACGAACAAAGAAGAAUCAGCACUUAAUUUGACUUGGUCAAGGCCCGGUGAUACAGCGGUUAAUGUCACUUUGAGCGGCCGGGAGGAAAGAGCUCAUCUGCCGGACACAUCUGGAGUGAUGUUUCCUGGCCCCGGAACACGUACAGAGACAGUCAUCAAAAUGCCACCACAACGCUUUGAAGAGGCAAACGGUAGGACCUAUACGGAGAUGGAGGUCCCUAUGGCAGUGACCCACGACAAGUCUCCCAAGGACGGCCAUGGUCCAUGGAAUAACCAUGAUCCGCAGAGAGGAGGUGAUCAUGGAGAUGGUCGUUACGGGCCACCUUGGAGUGGGAUUCAGGAUGUAAUGAGUCGAAGCGGCCCACAUUUCCCCAGCGACUAUGUUAUAGCGGAGGUUGGCGGUCAGAGAGACGUGUACUCUGGAGAAAUGGUGGCCAUGCAGUUCCCCUUGAAGUUGUACUCCCGCUACCCUCAUGGCUACGCGGCUUGCCCAGCCAUUCUGGUGAACAUGCCGCUGCCACCACCAGGGAAUGGCCCAAUGGGUUUCCCUCACUUUCCACCACCUGGCCCGAUCCACUACCCUCCUGAGGCAGGUCCUAUAAACGGUGGCAGAGCGCCAUUCUUUGCCCCUCACCCCCCUGGCAGUGACAUUCAUCCUGGAAGCUACCCGGGGGAGCUGGUUCUGAGCCUGCAUCCACCACCACAGCAUUCUCUACCUAAGGACAGAGAACAUGGAACAAGUGGACAUCCCCAAAGCAGCCAAGGGUCAGAGAGCAGCUCACUGGAAAAUGCCUCCUCUUCCCAGAACACUGUGUGAGGGCGAAGGCCAUGAGGUUUGGCAUCCUUACACCAUAUAUCCACUUGAGAAAAAAAAUCAUCUUUACCCUUUCUGUUGUGCAAUUAUACGGCACCAAAGACUUAGCUAAGUCACUGUUGACAUUUUUACCAUGUUACACCCUGUAGUAUAGUUCAUUAUGCACAGGGGUUUCAAUUCUCAUUGUACACACAAUAACAACCAUUGGAUAAAAGAACAACAACACAAAAAUAAUCUGCUAUCAUUUCUGGGGGGGGGAAAUGAAAUUUUUUACUUUUUUACAGAAGCUAUUUUUGUUUAAUUAUUUAAUUAAGAAUUUUUAACAGUCAUAUUUAUAGCAGUUGUGAUAGUCAAAUAU